GUGAUCCUACAGUACUUGUUCGCUAGAAAAGCUUCGAAACUUCAUGGGGCCGGGUGGUUUUUUUUGUGAGAGUAGAGCAACUUGAUAAUGCGAAAGUUGAUUAGUCUUACAUACUGUAACUACUUAUCGGUCCCUACAUAGUAUUACUUGUCAUGAAGGCUAGAGCACCGUGGAAUAGCCAAACGUCAAACCUCAGACUCAAACUCAUAGUUCAGGGACAUGUCAAGUCCGUCUUCAUCAUGUUCGCCGUCUUCAUCAGCGGUAACCAUUCCGAUACCUGGCAAGUCGAUUUUGAAGCGUCCUCCACCCGCGCAGACUGGCAUACUCUCGAGAAUCAAAGGUUUUCUUCCAGCACAAUCUCCCGCUUCUGCUAGCGACGACGUCAAACCCCUCAAGCGCGCCCAUUUCAUCCUUCCUAAACUCGCUAUAGUUUACCCUAUAUCCUCUCUCAACCCUCCAUCAACACCCACGCUUAAAGAUGAGAAACGGGCAAUUGAGGAGAGAGAGGCGGAGAGACGCAGGAGGGUUGUCAGAGGCAACUCAAUUGGUCCUAAUGAAACGGAAGAUUGGUGGAACUUGGAAAAAGUGGAAUCGUUCUACAGAGAAUGCUGCGCAUCAAGAGAAGAAGAACCAGAUCCUGCGAUUUCUGCUGCUUUCAAGCGCGCAUCAAACACGAACCCUCGGUCUGUUGAUCUUUCUGGUGUACAAUUGACACCCACAUCUGCCGCGAUCCUCUCCGACGUGUUUACGAUUGAGUGGGGCCUUCGUAAACUUACCCUUCGAGAGUGUGAUUUGGACGAAUAUAAAUUAAAGCUUAUGCUUCAUGCGCUGCUUAUACCUAGCACCCUUGUUUUCCUCUCCGUCGCGUCAAACCGUCGCUUAAAGACACCCGCGUUUAAAGUGCUAGGUUUUUAUGCCUCAAAAGCGAAAAGUUUACAAUUCCUCGACCUUUCACAAACAAGUCUGGACAAGAAGGCAGUAGAGUAUAUCGUGGCCUCGUUGGCAACAGCACCCGAACCGGGUCUAAUCUCUCUCCGUCUAGAUGACUGCUCACUCAGAGUAGCAGCGCUGGACGUACUUGCCCGAGUUAUUCGUUAUUCGUCUCUUCGCAACCUCUCUUUGAGACACAAUCGCAUCAAUGCAACAGGAGCCGUCGCACUCGCUCUCAUGAUCCGAGACUACCCCGACGUAGUCCCUACCACUCCCAACUCAGCUACAUUCCCUCUACAACCGGGAAGUGUCAUCUCUUCCCCACCUUCCUCCCCGAUUCCCCCCAACGUUCAUCUACCUCCACCAUCACCUGUCGCCCGUACAGGACCCGUACUACCUCCUCCGCGCCAUCCAUCGUCCAUGCCUCCUCAAACCACUUACACGCCGUAUGUACCUCGCACUCGCCGAGGUGUUGCAGCCGCACAACCUCCCCCGCUUUCGGCUUCUGGUCAAGUCGUCCCUAUCAUCACAUCAAAUCCACAGGGUGGUGUUACCACCCGUCAUCUUACACCAAAUUUCGGGCCUCAACGGUCGGAGGGUAGCCUCCAUCCCAACGGUGCGAGCCACAAACAUGAUGAUGGUCCAAGUGCCGCACUCCUGGACAAGGUGCGCGCACUCGAUGCGUUGCCAAGGCUUGGAGCACUCCGCACGUUGGAUUUACGAGGCAACGACCUCCGCAAUGGGGUUACUUAUCUGGCGCAAGUACUCAAACGAAACAGGACACUCAAGGUCCUGAACUUGAGCGAGAACAAGCUGGAUGUUCCGUGUUUGGUGUCGAUUGCCGAAGCGCUGAAAUAUAAUCUUUGCUUAGAAACUUUGGACCUCAGUCGGAAUCCCUGCUCUGGUCCUGGUCUCGAAGGCAUUCAAUCACUCCGAACGGCCUUCACUUUGAAUACUGCUCUCAAGCGCCUAUUCCUCUCCUCUACCAACAUGACGUCACAGGGCGCUAUCGCGCUCGCAGAGUUCCUCCCUGAAUCAAACUCCUUGCUCCACCUUGAUCUCACAGUCAACAACUUAGACAUCGCUGCCGUUAUGGCGCUUAGCUCGGGACUCAAGGCUAAUCACACGAUGCGGUGUCUCGACCUUAUGAUACCCCCAGAUGAUGAGGAAUUUGCCAAAAUGUGUCGUGAGAUUCUCAAUACCUGUAUCCGGAACACGGAGGAAGCAGAAAAGGCGGCACACGUUUCUGAUGGAAUUCGCAGUCAAACGAGCAACAGAGGACUUGGUAAGGGUGUGUGGAACAUGAUCCAGGAAAGUGAACUAGCCAAAUCGAUACGUCAAGGUGGCGGGCUCAAGAGCGCUGAAACUGUGUCAAGAGCACAUGCGCUACUCUCUCAAAUCGAGAGCUCGGUGAAUAGCCCGACGUCUACUUCAGUUAUAUCUUCUGGCACCUCCUCCCCAACCGUCGUGCCACCUGCGGAUCAAGAUCUUGUUCAGCAAGCCAAGACCAUCGUCGAUGAAAUCACAGACAAGAUACAGACUACGACAGACGUCGUCUUGCUAGAAGAGCUGCUGAGCCUCUGCGAUAAAUUGAACAGUGCCAUUGCACAGCUGUCAUCCAGUCCUUCCAGCAGAUCACUACUUCACGGUCUUGGGUUAACUAUUUCCAGCGAAGCGGUCAGUUCCACAGUUGGAGAUGCUCUGCACGAGAGUCCCACACAUGUGUCGGAGGAUGAAGAACCUCUAACUCCCAAGGUAGACAAAGGAAAAGGCCGAGCAGAACCAGAGCCUGAGGAGCCGGAGAAAGUGUUGAGUCCCACUUUCAUGAUAACCGAAUCAGAGGACGAGGAUGAAGACGACAGCAGAUACUUGGGCGAGGAAGACCAGAUUAGCGUCCCUUCCCCUGUGGUUAGGUCGAAAAGUUGGGUGGAAGAAGAAGGGGAAAUCUUCCGAAAGGGUGCUGUCCUUCUCGGACCCGAGGAGAUGGAAGGAGAGUACGCCGGUGAAGAGCUCCGUCGUGAGUUGUUGGAGGCCAUGGUCGAACGCCCUCCUCCUCGCGGAAUCAUCGAUGAAUUUGGCAUGGAUCUGGAUGUGAGUGCGCCUGAAGCAGCCUCUCCUCCAACAGAGGAACCUCUACGGCCUUCACCUCGCCCGUACAUCUCUCGUAUUCGUUCAACGUCCUCAAAUGGAUCAACGGGAGACCUACAUUCUCCGAUUUCACCUAUCAACUCGAUAUCUGCUGCGAGAAGCCCCACCUCACCCACUUCACGGCCGUUUCCAGGAAGCUUUUCAGCAAGCUCCCCCACCGAGUCUCGAUAAGGUUUCAAGCCCUUCGUACACCAUUUAUUUCACUACUUUGACUAUCCUAUACGGACUCGCCAUAUUCCUGCUAUCCAUAGUAGUCGCAAGAUGUGAAAUAUUUACUGUUCCAGGAUAUUAUAAACUCUUUGCCUGCUUUCUGUAUGUAUAUGU